AUGGCCAGGUACUGCGAUUACUGCCAUUCGUACCUGACCCACGACACCCCCAGCGUCCGCAAGAGCCACGUCGUGGGCAAAAACCACCUCCGGCUCGUCGCCGACUACUACUGCAACAAAGCCCGUCAGACACGCCAACCGCUGCUGCAGCGCAAGCGCAGCACCCGCAAACAGCGGCUACGGGACCGACGCACAGGGACCGCUGCGGCAGCAGCGGUCCCCCCGCGCCGCAUCCCGCUCCACUGCGACUCUAACCGAACCAAAAGGCUUCUGCAGAGCCAGACCACUGCGUACGAACACCACUCCACCGCUCCGCCGCCGCUCGUGACGCUGUACCGGGGGUCUCCUGGUUUCGCGAAGGUGUUUGUACCCGAGUGCCGGCUUGACACCGCGCAGUCCGCGCAGCAAGACCGGCUCCCGCAGCGGGCCAACCGCCGCGCCGCAGACCCCGCGACAACGACCGCGGCGGAACCCGCGCGGUCACGUGACCGCCAACCCAACCCCCAUCCCCACUCCGCGCUACCGCCGCCUCGGGUUCUGGCCCGCUGGGCCACGGCCCCGCCCCUGGUGUACGCGGACGACACCCCGGCCCACACAACGGUGCGCGACAUCACCCGCCGCCUCGGCCGCCGGUGA